ACGUAACCGGAGCGGUGGUGCAGGAAGAUGGGGGACGUGGGACGCCAAAACCGCAAAGGCCGUGAAACGGUAAAGCACCGGAUUAACACAGCUGCCAGUUCUCACACUCCUGCAUGCCACGGCAGUUAAUAUCUUAAUCUGAUCGGCGGGAUAUUGUGAUUUUGGAGAAUUGUGCGUAAAGGUGCGUCAACAGCGGACAACGAAAGUGUUGCGUAUGAUGACAAACAGUCCCAGCCAGUGUGUUGGUACACGGCCUGAUCAAAAAGCAUGGGGCUCAGGCUCAAUGGCAAGGGCCAGCAGAGCCACAGAAUGGUGAUCUUCUUGGCCAUCUUCAUCCUUAUGACACUCCUCUUCCUGUACGGCUCCAACAAUGGCAACGAUGCUGUCUACGCUCCCUUCCACGUGGCUACAAAUCACCCUCUCAAGAACACAGACCUGAAGAAGUGGGGCGGGAAAGACGGUUAUGUGCCAUUUUAUGGGAACAAGAGCAUGACCCUGCACUGUCACAACUGUGCACUGGUGACGAGCUCCAGCCAUGUCCUGGGGACUCAAGCAGGAGAAGAGAUCGACCAUACGGAGUGUGUGAUUCGCAUGAAUGAUGCCCCAACGUUGGGGUACGAGACAGAUGUAGGGAGCCGGACUUCUCUCAGGGUUGUGGCCCACUCCAGUGUGUUCAGGGUGGUCCGAAGGCCUAAUGAGUUCCUGCACCGCACGGACAACAACCCUGUGAUUAUCUUCUGGGGACCCCCGAACAAGAUUGGGAAGGAUGCCAAAGGAACUUUGUACAGACUGAUCCAGAGAGUCAGCAUGACCUACAGUAACUUCUCUUUUUUCAGUAUCACAUCAAGCAAGAUGCGCAGGUUUGACAGUCUCUUUCAUAAGGAGACCGGGCGGGAUAGACAAAAAUCCCAUUCAUGGUUGAGCACAGGCUGGUUCACAAUGGUCAUAGCCAUUGAGAUAUGUGAUAACAUCAAAGUAUAUGGGAUGGUUCCACCCAAUCACUGCGGGAAAAAACCCGGAUCCAAGAAGAUGCCCUAUCACUACUACAAACCCAGGGGGGUUGAUGAAUGUGUAACAUACAUACAGAACGAGGGCAGCCGAAGAGGAAACCACCAUCGCUUUAUUACAGAGAAGCAGGUGUUUGCACGCUGGGCAAAGCAGUAUAACAUCACCUUCACUAAUCCCAAAUGGUCAAAAGACUGAAAACCUCAAAAGAGAUCUCUCUGCACUCACAGAAGCCUGAGCCACUACUAUGGACUGAAUUUCAUUGUUAACUUCCUCGAUUGAGCCUUUAAAUAGCCACAUGAUGAAUGAGUUUUUGAAAAAAAAAAAAAAAAAAAAACUAUUGUUAGACCACAUGACUGAGGAGAAGUAUGGGAAUGUUUUCCGUUGCAGAAGAAUGCUGAAACUUAUUUUUGAGAGCUUUCUGAAAUACGCUGUGCACCUUCCACGUUGACAUGUGGCAGCCGUCUGACAAGUGUUUUUGUAAAUAGAAAAGAAAAUGAAUUUAAAAAUGAAUUUUUACAUGUUUAUAUAGUUUUGUUAUGUAUUGAAAAUGCACUCAUGUUUCCCAUGUUGAAGGGGGAUAUAUCAGCAAGUAUUCUAAACAGAUAUGUGACUAAGUGGCCAACAAAAUACACUCUAUAUAUCUCUUACUAGUCCA